CCGCUUCCCACAUGUAAUUUUUAUGUCAUCAGGCGGUCGGUCCACCAAUCCAAUAGGAAACAAUAACCAGGGUCAAAACAAAACACGACGCCGGCGUUGACACUCAUCAAUUAAAGGGCGCUCCAAAUCUCCGUCUCCAUCUCGAGCCACUCCGCUUGCUCGGUUCCAUUUGGCCAGGACAGGAUAGGAUUAGGAUCAGGAUCAGAAUCAGGAUGUCGACGCGUCGCCAGGCGAUCACGUUAUACAGGAAUCUCCUGCGCGAAUCGGAGAAGCUGCCCUCCUACAACUUCAGGAUGUACGCUGCCCGCAAAAUACGCGACACAUUCCGUGCCAACAGGGGCAUCCGGGAUUUCGGGGAGAUCGACCGGCAAAUGGUCGAGGGACAGCAGAAUCUGGAGCUGAUACGUCGCCAGGUGAUCAUCGGGCAUUUGUACAGCACCGAAAAGCUGGUCAUAGAGAACAAGAAGACUCUGAAGCCCUCGGAUGACUGAGGAUCGGAAGGGCUGAAGGUAGCUGAAGAGAGUACAAUAGCAGGAGGAGGAGGAAAAGGAGGAGGAGGAGGAGCAGGAGGCGUCUCUACAUGAGGACACAACUCGAAAGACUCGACACACAACCACACCAACCACACACAUUGUUGAUUUUAUACCGGCACUUUGCAUCCAUCGAACCAAGGAACCGAAAUCAUUUGCUAGCAAAAAAAAACACCAAUUUAAUGUUAUGUUAAACAAGAAAUAUGAAAUUAUAUAUACAUACAUAUA